GUUUCAUUUUCAUCCAGCCACACCCUUUCCAAGAAAUGAAAGUUUUUGUAAUUUGAAAAGUCAGAGCAAAUUUUUACUGCCAGUGGAUCAACAUCCAUUAAGGUAACGUGUUCUGUUUUUUACGUUAAGUAAAUACACUUUAAUCACCUUUUUUUAGAAACCGAGAGACAAAAACAACAUUCGAGAAGACGUAAGGACAACAUCUAACAAGAUGGAUAAGAUAUUCAACAUUCUCCAGCAGCACAGACUGGAGCCCUACUACGAUAAAUUCCGCACAUUUGGUGUCAAAGAUGAGAGAGAUUUAGUUGAAGACAUAACUGGUGAAGAUCUAGUCAACAUGGGUUUUACUCAAAUAGAGAAGAAUAGAUUUGAAAAAAUGAAAGUUUUCAUCCAAAGACUCAGAGCGCCACAGCAAGCGAUGCCUGUACAAAAAUCAAUGGAGUCUUUCCAACUGCGGUACACAUACCCCCACUGUCCUGAGCUAAAAGAGAUCACAGACAUGGAUCCUGCUACCAACACCGUUGAAGACCUGAUGCUAAGGAUCUGCCACCAAGAGGGCAUUGAGAACUCUACAGCUGUGUGCCUCUACACCGUUGAUGGAAUGCCUCUAACUGAUGAUCCUUUCUUCAACACAUGGUCUUUGAAAGACAGGCACAUUGAAAAUGGAAGUGAGCUUUAUGCCAUGUUUACACCCAAGGAGAACUUGAAACAAGCCCCCCAAAUGCCACUGCAAGAGAUGACUGACAUGACAGGAGAGGAUGAUGUUCGAUGCCACAUCAUGCUCAAGGGAGACUAUGAGCUCAAGGUGAACUUGGAAAGUGACACAAUUAUGGAUUUGAGACAGAAGCUCUCUAAUGAAAGUGGAAUCCCAGCUCAUGUCCUCCAUUAUAAAGGUGAAAACCAUGUUGGAGACACAUUGAAAGACUGUGGAAUCAACGUGGAGUCAACAGUGCACUUUUCUUUAUCGUCUUUCCCCGAACACAAUCAAGAUCACUUCCAAGACACAUUAGCAAUCUUCCUUAAUGAUGUCGUUCCAUCAGUGCAACAAACCCAGAAAGGACUCAGUGUUUUCUUUUCUACACUUUAUGUCAUUAAAAGGAAACAUUCUGGAUGUUUUUUCAAGAAAGUGAUUGCAUACAUCCGAAAGCUCAGUGGAUGCAAUCCUCUGGCCCAAAGUCUGUAUCAGCUGUUGUGCAGAAAUGAGAUUGGAACAGGGACCCAGAAGAUUGCCAUUGUUGAAGGACUGUACAAUCUAUUCAGAGAGCUGCUGCCAAGUCAAAUAAAAAAAAGAGGCGAAAAGAUCAUUGAAGACCCUGACGUUUUUGAGAAUGCACCAGUUUGCUGGGCUCACCUGAUAUCUGAAGCUGAGGGAGAGAGUUCACAAUAUGAGAUCUAUGCACCAAUGGUUUUGACCUCUCAACCAGGUGAACGCUUCUGUGACCCAGUUCGUUUACCUGGUGUACCGGAAGUCUUUGAAAAACAGUAUGUUCUGCAGAAAAUUCAAGAUGGGGAAAAAAUAGCAAACUGCUCUGAUGAGAACCUGAGAGAAACGUCAAUGAGAAGAGCCACUGAUGUUGAGAAGAUUUUGCUCAGUCUGCCUCCGUUCAUCAAAACAUUCCCUGUUUGGAUUUCAUGUGAUUGUGUGACUAGUCAAAACUUUCAGAUAAAUCUGGAGAAGACUUUUGGCAACAUGAAUGAACAAUUGAAUGCAUACCCUCAUCUGAUGGUGACUCCACCAUUGCUGUUGAGGACUGUAGGGGUGGAGGGGCCACUUCUCGUUCUCUUGAAAGAAGAUAACCUUGGUGUUUACAUCAGUAAAGAAAAAACGGCUCCUCAGCUGAUUCAGGUUUUUGAUUGCUUAGCUGGGAAAUUCAUCACUGUGAAUGUGGACGAGUUGGCAAGUCAAAUGAGAGAUGUCAGAAGUGACCAGAUGUUCAUGACCAGCCGAACUCCAAAAGAGGCGAUAUUGGUGCUAGUGGAUUCAAGCUCCUCCAUGAAUGAGACAUGCUAUGAUUCCGAUGACAACAUGACACGGUUGGAUGCUGUUAAACAGCUCUUUGAUAACUUUGCAACUAGAAGCAUGGCUUAUGAUUUUCAUCAUGUCAUUGGCUUGGUGAAGUUUGAUUCAGUAGUCAACACUCUCCAUACAUUUACAGAGACUCUGGAGACCUUUAAGGAACACAUACACAAUCUACAAGCAACUGGAUGCACUGUGCUGUAUGACGCCUUGGAGCUUGGAAUGUCUGAGCUGGAAAAAGUUGGGAAGCGAUUUCCAGACUGCAGACUUCGCAUCAUAUGUCUCACAGAUGGGAAUGAUUAUGGAUCAGCAACAAAGCCAGUGGCUGUUACAACCAAAUUGAUGAGCUCUAACAUCAUUGUUGAUGCCAUCAUUGUCGGAAAGGUAGAGAACAAUGUGCUGCGUGGAAUCAGCAAUGCAACAGGAGGUUGUUGUUUCAAACCAAAGACGAGUAAAGCUGGUCUGAAGCUCUUUGAAAUGGAAACCGUUCUGUCUUUGGAGAUGAGGAAGCCGAAGCAGAAAAUCAACCCAUCCUUAAUUAAGAGUGAGAUCAGUCUAGUUGCUCUCUUUGCUAACCGUGGCUAUGAUGAGAAACCAGAGGUUGCUCUUCCAAGUGGAUUAAAUAAUAAAGUUACUGGGACAGAGAAUUCAUUGAAAAAGAAGAUCCAGGAAUCGAAGAGCAGCCGCUUUUUGGAGAAGGACAAACGUCUUCUGGAAGAGUUGAAGAGCCUGCACUGUGACCCACACCCAUUCUGCACUGUUCUGCCUUCAGAGUCAGACUUCACAUUUUGGAAGAUUCUCAUGCAAGGCCCCCCUGAAACACCUUAUGAGGAUGGAGUCUUUGAGCUGUACUGUCAGUUUGGAGCUGACUACCCAGUCAAACCUCCGCUUGUGCGCUUUGUCACACCUGUGUACCACUGCAAUGUAAACAGUGUGGGUCGUAUCUGCCACAACAUAUUUGACCGCAACUACAACGCUCACAUAACCAUGAGAGAGAUCUUGGAUGCUGUAUAUGGACUGCUCAUCGUUCCUGAACCCCAAGAUCCACUGGACAGUAUUUUGGCAGAGGAAUACCUGACCAGCAGAGACAAGUAUGAAGAAGAGGCCAAGAAAAACACAGAGGAAGUUGCAGGCAGAUCAUUGGAUGUCAUGGAGAAGAAUUUGCUGGGUGAAGAGUUGACUGAGAACUUUAUUCCUCAAUAUCUGAUUUGUCCACUUACCAACAAGAUUUUUGUUGAUCCAGUGAUAACCAAAUAUGGAACAAUCUAUGAGCGAAAGGCGAUUGAUAAGCAUCUGAAAAAGAAAUCGAUUGGGACUGAUCCAAAAACAAAUAAACAGCUUGGAGCAACUGACCUCAAGCCAUGCCCAGACAUGAAAAGAAUGGUCAAGGACCAUCGCAAAAAGCAAAUUCAGGAGACAAGUGUUUAAAACAAAAAGUAGGAGCCAAAAUGCGUCUUCCCGCUAUAUCCAUUGAAACACGUUAAUAAUGGUGAGGGAAGUGAUACCCAUUGGGUUAUUGAAGUAUGAUUCAAUUGAAAUGUGAUUGAUUGAUCUUUGUACUGACAUUUUCUAGAACGCCUUCAUUUUCUUGAGGGUUUGUAUCUACACACUUCAGGUGUAGCUAGCUAAGAUCUAUAUCCUUGGUAAUUUCUUGUUAAUGCUGCGACAUGUAACUCAGGGCUCUCCAAUUCUGUUUCUGGAAAGCUACUGUCCUGUAGGUUUUUGCUCCAACCCUAAUCUAGCGCACCUGAUUGUAAUAAUUAAAUGUUUGAUAAGCUGGACCAGGUUAGUUACAACUGAGGUUGGAGUGAAUACCUACAGGAGGGUAGCUCUCCGGGAACAGGUUUGGAGUUAACUUACAGGAGGGUUGGAGACCCCUGAAAUGUAAUUUUUUUCGGCGACCUGACCAAAUGCAAAUAAAAAUGUUAGUUAUAGAUUUGUCAUGCUCAUCGAAAGCAAGUCGAAGUGGUAGAUCUGUUCUAUCUGCGCUAGUUCUAUGCUUCCUGCUCUUAAGCUUAGUUUUUGCUGUUUUACUUUUGGUUUUGUACACCAGGUGAAAAUACAAUAUUUUUGGUUCUGGAAAAUAUAUUUCACAGCAGUUUAGAUGGUAUAAUGAAUCUCUACACAAUGACUGCUUGUUUUGUCUCAACCUGAAAUUAGGUCGAACUAUUAGCAACCGGGAAAUGGCAGAGCGAUUUCUGCAUAUUGCACAUUUAAACUGUUAUUAAUCAGUAUAAUUGUUUUAUGUUAAAGUUUGUUUUUUGUCACAGUUGUAGAUAAUCUGUUGUGAUAAUCUGAUAUCUAGGAGAUUCCCAAUCAUUUGAUAUAGUGAUGUGGUAUAUGCUGUUUAGCAAAUUCAAUGAAGUGUUAGAUAAAUCAAGGGUUUUCUCCAUUUUCAAUAUUAAUUGAUUAUUAAGUAUGCUUUUCUUAUAAGCCAGGGUAUGUACAUUUUGAUUGAUUGAUCAGUUAUCAAUUCCAUUAACAAUAUGCACUGCCAGGCAGUUGAAGUUGUAUGUCAACCUUGCCACUCAGUACCUUGACUAGGGCCUAGAUUCAAUCAGAUCAAGCAUUAACCGGCGAUAGCCCACACAGGGGAUGUUUUGGUGGUGUCAGAAGUGGAACUGCAUUGGAGCUGUCAUAUUGAUGUACAGAUGCUCUUGUGAUCAUUGCCACGAAGCCACACCCAUCUCACUAACUUUAGAAGUUCUGAAUGACAAAGUGUAGUUUAUAUAGAAAUAAUUAUGCUCAAAUAAAAAAUAAUGAAAAAUAAAUACUGAGGAUUUCUAUCAGCCUAAUAAACAAAGUGUAGAUUACAUCUCAACAAGACUGCAUGGGAUUUAUGUUAAUGUGACUCCGUGCAGCCUUUGGCAAUGUCCACUUUAUGUAUAAUGUUCCACCUUUGACACAAUCAAAACAUCAGCUAUGCGGAUACCGGCUCAGGCGGAUCUGAUUUAAUCAGGCCCUAAGGCUGCAACGGUUUAGUGCAAUGACUCAACCUUUUUUUGGUUACUGAACCCCAAUCACAUUUUGUUCUGCCCUCUUAUGCAACUGAGCAUCAGUCUUGUCUUCCUAAGUAUCCCCUGUAGAUAUAUAUGGCAUUGCCCCACAGGUUGAGAACCACUGGUGUAGUACGGCACUUAAGAUGAUUUGAUGUUUUUAAACAUUUUGCCGCUUGGUGGUGCUGUGUAGCAACUACAGUAUAUCAAUUCAUGGCUUUUAUCUGAGUUGCCUGUUAACACGUGGAACACUCAAUCACUCUUUGUUGUGGAGAAAAACUAUAAUGCAACUGAAGAGAUCAUUAAAGAAAUUACAAGUUCUUA